GGCUGACAAUGAUUUCCUCAGUGAUUACGUACAGAGCGAGUCCCUGCGGGGUAGGGGCCCCCUCUGGAGCCAUCCUGAUGGCUUUGGGGGCCUUGCUUCCAUUUUCCAUUAUUAUGUGGACUACCGGAGCGACAGCGCAGUCCAAGACCUUGCAGGUUUGUGAUGAGGAGGGAGCUUCCAUCUUCUCUCUGCUUCUUCAUCCUCUUUUAAGAGCAAUUUAGACGUAGACUUAGAUCAGAUUCCGAACCUAAUUCAUGAUUAGCUGACUGGAGUGAGAAAAGGAAGAGUCUAUAAUAGUUUUGAUGCUGUUAGGUGGAUAUGAAGUGAAAAGUGUAAUUAUCAUUUUUCCUCCUUUUUUUUGGUUUUGUUGCAUUUUUUGCACUCUCACAGGAGGCGUUUUGCUGAUGUCUUUCUCACGCGGAUGCAUUUGAGAUGAGAUGCGAAAAGCAAAUAUUCCGCUUUUAUUUCUAAACGAACAUCAUGCCUACACGCGUGUGUGUUUUCCCGGAGAAUGGAAGCGCAUGACGGGGAUUACUAUAUUCUCACACUUUUCCCGAUACCCAGCUCAACUAAAUAGAGUCGCCGAUACCGAUCGGGGUAUAAUUGGAUUUUAUUACAUCCACCUCAUCACAAAAUAACAGCAAACUCGUGUUUAGACCGCACGGCAAAGGGCUAAGUUGCAUCUUUCUGUAAUGGUAAAAAGGCAGCCGCGGUUUCGCUCAGUGGAAUUUAGAGAGACUAUACCUUUAGACUAUCCCGUCUUACACAAAUUAUCAGACAGAAACUGAGCAACUUCAGCGUUUUCUAUAGGAUGUCGCGCCGCAAGCAAGCUAAACCAAGAUCACUGAAAGUAGAAGACAAUGUGACAGAGGACCAGCACAGUCCUGGGCACACUGCCAUUCCAAGCGAUCCAGAGUGCGCCCUCGAGAGGGCGGCGGAGGAUGGUGAGACCGGGCGUCUGAGGAAGAGGCUGCUCUCUCCAGAGGAAGGAGAAGAGGGAGAGGAGGACGACGAGGAGCCUGCGCUGCACAGCUGCGACAGCUGCCGGCAGGUGUUCGAGUCGCUGAGCGAUCUCACCGAACACAAGAUUAAUCAAUGCCAGCUGACAGACGGUGGUGAUCUCGAGGAUGACCCAUCGUGUUCUUGGCCAGCAUCAUCUCCUUCCAGUAAGGACCAGACUUCUCCAGGACACUGCGAGGACUAUGAUUUUGGCGAGGAUGAAGGGGGACCUGGCUUACCGUACCCAUGCCAGUUCUGCGACAAGUCUUUCAGCCGAUUAAGCUUCCUCAAGCGUCACGAACAGAGCCACGGCGAUAAGCUCCCUUUCAGCUGCACCUUUUGCAGUCGCUUGUUCAAGCACAAGCGCAGUCGAGACCGACACGUGAAGCUACACACCGGUGAUAAAAAGUAUCACUGUGGAGAGUGUGACUCUGCCUUUUCCCGCAGCGAUCACCUCAAAAUCCACAUGAAAACUCACGCCUCUAACAAACCCCACAAGUGCCCCGUGUGCCGCCGAGGCUUCCUCUCCUCAAGCUCUCUCCACGGCCACAUGCAAGUACACGAAAGGGGUAAAGAUGGCAGCAGCUCAAGCCUUUCUAGAGCUGACGAAUGGAAGCUGAAAGAAACUCGCAAAUGCAGCCGCUGUGAGGAGGGCUUUGAUGUCCCAGAGGAGCUCCAGAGGCACAUCGCUGAGUGCCACCCCGAGUGCUCUCCAUCAGAGGAUGGAGGCCUGGGUGCCACCCUGCAGUGCAUUUACUGCCAUGAGCCCUUCAGUGACGAGGGCACCCUGCUGACUCACAUUGACCAGGCCCACAGCCGAGACAGGAAGGGCCACACCUGUGCUAUCUGCAACGAGCACUUUCUCUCUGUUGAGGACCUCUAUGCUCAUAUGGACAUCCACCAGCUCCCUGAGUCUAGUAACCACAGCAACAGCCCUUCUUUGCUGACGGUGGGCUACACCUCUGUCUCUAGCACCACUCCUGACUCCAACCUCUCUGUCGACAGCUCCACAAUGGUGGAGACAGCACCACCUGUGCCCAAGACAAGGGGGAGGAGAAAGAGGGCAGCUCAGAACACAUCAGACAUGGGAGGACGUUCCUCCAAACAGCCAAAAGUCUCCUACAGUUGCAUCUACUGUAACAAGCAAGUAUUCUCCAGUUUGGCUGUGCUUCAAAUUCACCUGCGAACCAUGCAUCUGGACAAGCCAGAGCAGGCUCACACUUGCCAGUUUUGUCUGGAGGUGUUGCCGUCUUUAUUAAAUCUAAAUGAACACCUUAAGCAGGUGCACAAUGCAGAAGACCAUGCUGCCCUGUUAGUCAGUUUACCUGACGCCCUCCUUCAAUGUAACUUCUGCCCUGAGGUAUUGAGUGACCUCAACGCCCUCCAGGAACACAUUCGCUGCUCACAUGGCUUUCCCAGUCCUGUGGCAAAGGAGAGCAAUGCCUUCUUCUGCCCCCAGUGCUUCAUGGGGUUCUUGACAGAGGCUACCCUGGAGGAGCAUGUUCGUCAGACUCACUGUGAUGGGGGAAGCCUGCGCUUUGACUCCCCCUUGGCUGUAACUCCCAAGGAGUCUAUAGUAGAGGUGUAUUCCUGUUCGUACUGCACCAACUCCCCUAUAUUCAACAGUGUCCUGAAGCUCAACAAGCACAUCAAGGAGAAUCACAAGAACAUUCCACUGGCACUGAACUACAUCAACAAUGGAAAGAAAUCCCUGCGCACUCUCAGCCCCUCUUCUCCAAUAUCUGUUGAACAAACCAUGCCAAAACAAGGCAGCUCAGCCUCACGUGCUGCCAGUGAGUUCAUAUGUAACCAGUGUGGAGCCAAGUAUACCAGCCUGGACCUUUUCCAAACUCACCUAAAAACUCAUCUGGACAUCCUGCAGCCUCAACUCACUUGCCCUCAGUGCAACAAAGAGUUCCCCAACCAAGAGUCCUUGUUGAAGCAUGUGACAAUUCACUUCACUAUUACCUCCACUUAUUACAUCUGUGAGAGCUGUGACAAGCAGUUCACUUCAGUGGACGACCUGCAGAAGCACCUUCUCGACAUGCAUACCUUUGUGUUCUUUCGUUGCACUCUGUGUCAGGAGGUGUUUGACUCAAAGGUGUCUACCCAGCUCCACCUGGCUGUAAAGCACAGCAAUGAGAAAAAGGUGUAUCGCUGCACCUCCUGCAACUGGGACUUCAGGCAUGAGACUGACCUUCAGCUACACGUCAAGCACAGCCACCUGGAAAACCAGGGCCGUGCCCACCGCUGCAUUUUUUGUGGGGAGUCCUUUGGCACAGAGGUGGAGCUGCAGUGCCACAUCACCACCCACAGCAAGAAGUAUAACUGUCGCUUCUGCAGUAAGGCCUUCCACGCCAUCGUCCUCUUGGAGAAGCACUUGAGGGAGAAACACUGUGUGUUUGAGGGAAAGGCACAGAACUGUGGUGCUAAUGGCUCUACUGUAAGUGGUGGCGAUGGCCAGCCUAAAGAAGAUGCUGAGCUCCAUGGUCUCCUCACUAACAGCCAUGGUCCAGGGGCAGUUGGAGGGUCUGUGGUGGAGUCCCAUAACAGCCAUGAUGGAAGUGAGGAGGAGGUGGACACUGCAGAGCCCAUGUAUGGGUGUGACAUCUGUGGGGCAUCUUACACCAUGGAGUCACUCCUCACAAACCACCAGUUGAGGGACCACAAUAUACGCCCUGGUGAAAGUGCCAUGAUGAAAAGGAAAGCUGAUAUGAUCAAGGGCAACCACAAGUGCAAUGUCUGCUCUCGCACCUUCUUCUCUGAGGCCGGGCUGAGGGAACAUAUGCAGACCCACCUUGGGCCUGUCAAGCACUAUAUGUGCCCCAUCUGUGGGGAGCGCUUCCCUUCCUUGCUCACCCUGACUGAGCACAAGGUCACCCAUAGCAAGAGUCUGGACACAGGCAGCUGCCGCAUUUGUAAGAUGCCCCUGCAAAGUGAGGAGGACUUCCUGGAACAUUGCCAGAUGCACCCUGACCUGAGGAACUCCCUGACAGGUUUCCGCUGUGUCGUGUGCAUGCAGACAGUCACCUCUACAUUGGAGCUCAAGAUCCAUGGUACCUUCCACAUGCAAAAGACAGGCACUAUGAGCGGCAACCCACAACCCAUGGGCCGCAGCAACAUCAUCUCUCACAACCAGCAGCAACACCAUAUCCAAAAACCUUUCAAGUGCGCCUCUUGCCUGAAAGAUUUCCGGUCCAAACUAGACCUUGUGAAGCUGGACAUCAAUGGACUGCCUUACGGACUCUGUGCAUCCUGCGUGACAGCAGCUGGCUCCAAGAGCUCCAGCCCGACAGUGAAUGGAGGGCGGCAACAGCAGCAGCAUGGUGGAGCCACCACUCCAGCAACAACUACAGUCGCGUGGAUCCAGGGGGAGAGUCUCAGCCCUGGAGAAGGGAAAGGCAAAGCCGUCUCUUCAUCAUCGUCAUCCUCUUCUACGUCCUCAUCAUCCGCUGCCAAGACAAGAUGCUCCAGCUGUAAUGUGAAGUUUGAGUCUGAAGCAGAGUUGCAAAACCAUAUUCAGACGGUGCAUCGGGAGCAGGGUGGGGACAGCAACGGCGGGCAGCUCAAGACCCCUCAGGUGUCCCCCAUGCCGAGAGCCAGUCCCUCACAAACUGAAGAGAAGAAGACAUACCAGUGCAUCAAAUGUCAGAUGGUGUUCUACAGUGAAUGGGACAUCCAAGUCCAUGUGGCCAACCACAUGCUGGGCUCACAAGUAUCUGGAUCACAUCACCAAAUAGAGGAAGGAUUGAACCAUGAAUGCAAGCUCUGUAGUCAGUCAUUCGACUCACCAGCGAAGCUUCAAUGCCACCUGAUUGAGCACAGCUUUGAGGGCAUGGGAGGAACCUUCAAGUGUCCGGUCUGCUUUACAGUGUUCGUCCAGUCCAACAAGCUCCAGCAGCACAUCUUCUCUGCACACGGCCAGGAGGAUAAGAUCUACGACUGCUUGCAGUGCCCACAGAAGUUCUUCUUCCAGACAGAGUUACAGAACCAUUCGUUGACUCAGCACAGCAGCUAACAUGGCAAAGAUCAGCGCCGUGGCCGAGAACAAGGAUCACAUGACGCAGAGAAUAAUGUCUGACCGCCAAUUACCGUCAGUGCAGUUUCCCACUGACUGUCUUGCACUGAACUCUCGAUUCAGUUUCACCACAAGGAACCAUGCCACAGCAAGAAAAAAGAAAAGCAAAGAAAAUAAAAGAAUGUGGGGGGAAAAGAACAUAAAAGAACCCUCUCCGUUCUUUACUAACCAUUAUUUCAAAAAUAAAGAAAAAGCCAACUUGUUUGUACAUAGAAUUCUUCAUGUGUUGCUUAACUACAGCUAUAUUGCAAUCUUAUACAGUAUUUGCCAAUGUACAGUUCAAAAUGUUUGUCCAAAAAAAGAGAAAGGGGGGGAAAAAAAUAUCAAUGAUGUUGUCAAUCAGACCAGAUGGGACUCAACCAGUUGUGUAAAGGAGAAACAGGGUGCCAGUGAGAGCGUAGGAAGCCGUAGGAACCGGCAAGUGUUGUCAGGAGGACUCUUUUCAUCAGCGCCACUCCUACUGCGCAGUAUGUCACUCUGUAUCCUAACAUGGUCAAUCAUUAUGGGGUAGAAAAGCUUGAUUCACCAGCAUAGGCUGAGAUCUUGUCUGUGUCCGUCGUAACAUGGCUGCCAGAGGACCAGCUGAGAACGGCGGUGCGACUAAUCUGCACUGCCUGCGCUGGAGUUCAGACGAGAGGCAAAAAAAUAAAAAAAGAGGAAAGAAAAAACAACACAGAACAGGAAAACAGGACAGGAUGCUGAUAUAUGCAAACGCAGUGACACAGAUUUGGAAAAGGCUAGUUCCUCUGGUUGGCUCGUGAACAGAGGCGUGAAGCUCCCAUGUGGCUCUCAGAGCAUGGGGAAAUCUCCAGCCCACUGACUCAACCUGUACAUUUCUGUUGUCAAUGUUUACUGCUCAUUGAAGCCUGGAGAUUACUGGAAUUUUUUUUUUCUCUUUAUGUUUUGUUAUCUAUUCCUAUGUUUUUGCAGCAGGGGGAGAAAAUCCUUUUGGAUUUUGGGGUCAAGAAGACUGCACAUAAUUUCAGUCUGUUUUGGGGAUAUACCGUGGUUCCAAAACUUUGUCCCAGGCUCUCCUGGAGAGUGCCCAAGUACUCCUCUCGUUUUCUUUGCAGUGUCCCAUUGCUCUCUGCUCAAGCUGGAAGCCACUGUGGCAUCAUACGAAAACUUUAAAGCAUUCUGUUAUGUAAAUGUUUUGCAUUCAUUGAACCUGAGAUGCACUUUUGUAUAAAACUUUAAUGUUUUGACAUUUUGAUUGAGAAUUGUUCGUACACAGUUUACAGGAAAUCAUCAUCUCCUGCAGCAAAAGGACAGUUAUCUCUGAUGUUAUUAAAAUGUAUUGUACAAAUAUGGAGUUCUGUAUUUGGCAGACCUCGUUUUUUUGUGUUGCACAUGUGAUGGAAAUAUUAAAAACUGUAUGAGGAAAUGGC